AUUGGAACUGCAGCUGACGGGCGUUCGGUGCUUGCGACAGCUACAUUCAAGAUGAAAGAUUUAUUGGAAUCUGUGAAAAAUGUGGGACUGGAAUCCCUAAUCAGGAUGAUUCAGGCUAUAGGUGACUAUGCGGAUACUAGCGGUCAGCAGGCUUCGUACCAAGCCUCGCGCCAAACUCCGGAAAUGCUGACUGGGGUAGCGUCUGAAUGGUCCGCUUUGCGAUCGGAGGGGAUGUCAUUGGGGAGCAUCUUUCCACGGUUUUGUGUGGCUGCAGCACAAGAACGCCGGUAUGGGUGUCAGUGGGCCUGUCUUCGACGGAUCAGCGAUAGAACGGCAUUGAGGCCGCAGCCCUUGCCGUCUUGGCAAGCACAUCAUCAUCGUCAGAACCCGCAUCGCUUGGCGACACCACGUUUUAGCUUCCUCUCGGCAAGCCUAUCACACCGCCAAGAAGCCUCAACGCGCCUCGGUGUCUUCUGCCCCACAUCGAGAUCUGCGUGUGUUACCACAGUUAGCAGUUGCAUGUAGGGCUGUGUUGGCUUGGAACACUGCGCAGACUAAUAAGAACUAAUAAGAUGCAACUUCUAGUGGCGGCAGAAGGUAAAAGCCGAGUUAGCGAAAGGGGGGCCCUUGGCAUGGCCUUGAGGCAAAGAUGAAGUGCACCGAGCCCGCGAUAGAACGGCAUAGGUGAGGUAGGCCAAGCGGAGGGAUGCCUUGUGACGGUGUGGCGUGGCCUGUGGAUGGGGUUAGACGUGAUAGACUCAACGUUUACGCAAAAUGAAGUCCAAACUUUAACGCACAGCCUCGG